GGAUGCUGCACCCACGCUGGCCCGGGGCUGGGUUCCGGCGAGCAGCUUUGCAGAUGCCUUGGCGCAGAAGCCCGGGGAGGCGGUGACCUUGCGGACGGGGGUUGUGGGUGGCUGGCUCCUGAAGGGAGACUGGAGCAAUGGGCAACGUACCGACAGCGCUGAAGCACUGCCUCAGCUACCACCAUCUCCUCAAGGAGCAGCUGUGGAUCGGCGAAGCUGCCCCGCAGCCUACUGCUCUGCAACAGCCUGGGCAGGAAUUGCUUACAAGUGGAUUUCCUGAGUUUGUUAAAAUAGUGGAAGUUGGUCCAAGAGAUGGAUUACAGAAUGAAAAGGCUAUACUUCCUACAGAUGUGAAAAUUGAGUUAAUCAACCGACUUUCCGAAACGGGCUUGUCCGUCAUAGAAGUGACAAGUUUUGUUUCUUCAAAAUGGGUACCUCAGAUGGCAGAUCACACAGAAGUAAUGAAAGGAAUAAGACGAUAUCCUGGAGUCCGUUAUCCAGUCCUUACUCCUAAUCUUCAAGGUUUCCAUUCUGCUAUAGCUGCCGGAGCAACAGAAGUAUCAGUGUUUGGUGCAGCAUCUGAGACUUUCAGUAAAAUAAAUAUCAAUUGCACUAUAGAAAAAAGUCUGGAAAGCUUUGAGGCUGUAGUUAAAUCUGCAAGAAAUAUGGACAUUCCAGUGCGAGGGUAUGUGUCUUGUGCAUUGGGAUGCCCUUAUGAAGGAACUAUUCCUCCAGCUAAAGUUGCUGAAGUCUCAAAAAGGCUAUAUAGCAUGGGAUGCUAUGAGGUCUCUCUGGGAGAUACCAUUGGAGUGGGAACACCAGGCAGUAUGAAGAGAAUGCUGGAAUCUGUUAUGAUGGAAAUUCCAUUGGCUGCUUUGGCAGUGCACUGCCAUGACACCUAUGGCCAGGCCUUAGCCAAUAUUCUUACAGCUAUGCAGCUGGGAGUUCAUGUUGUGGAUUCCUCCGUUUCGGGCUUAGGAGGUUGCCCGUAUGCAAAAGGUGCCUCUGGAAAUGUAGCCACAGAAGAUGUGAUAUACAUGCUUAAUGGCUUGGGGAUCAAUACAGGUGUGGAUCUUUACAAAGUUAUGGAGGCUGGCAAUUUCAUUUGCACAGCUUUGAACAAGAAAACCAGCUCUAAAGUUGCUCAAGCUUCCUUCAGUGAUUGAGCUGGAAAAGAAAUGGUGGCAUUCUUAAAAGUUAAAUAUUUAUUCAUCAUUGGGCUUUUCCUGUUUAUAGUUGCAGAAGACAAAUCUAUUGCAAAAAAUUUCCUGCUGAGGGGAAUGGCGGCACCAUAGUCAAUAUUAGGCCAAUGGCAGUAAUGAAUUAUAAGACCAGAGUAGAAAGCCUUCACUUGAAUUGCUAAAUGAAAUUUUCUUUUUUUCCCCUGGGGUCCCUGGAUGUUGCCUAUUGCAACUCACCAUGGCUUCUCUUGAUCAGGUCGUAGUCAACUUCUGAUGUGAUGCUCGUAUAAUAUUCAUGCACCCAUAUCAUAGUUUUAUGCACAACAGGAGUACAUACAUACUUGCUUGCAAGUACAUGAAUUAAAAGGUUGGUUUGGUAGAAAUUGAA